CUUCCCUUCGAUCGCCGCCACCUCGGGAGCGAGUCAUGGUGGCGGCCGGGGCGGCGGCGUGGCUGCUCCUGUGGGCCGCGGCCUGCGCGCAGCGGGAGCCGGACUUCUACGACUUCCAGGCGGUCAACAUCCGGGGCAAGUUGGUGUCGCUGGAGAAGUACCGCGGCUCGGUGUCCCUGGUGGUGAACGUGGCUAGCGAGUGUGGCUUCACAGAUCAGCACUACCGAGCCCUGCAGCAGCUGCAGCGGGACCUGGGUCCCCACCACUUCAAUGUGCUUGCCUUUCCCUGCAACCAGUUUGGUCAACAGGAGCCCGACAGCAACAAGGAGAUUGAGAGCUUUGCCCGCCGCACUUACAGUGUCUCAUUCCCCAUGUUCAGCAAGGUUGCAGUCACUGGCACUGGUGCCCACCCUGCCUUCAAGUACCUGACCCAGACUUCUGGGAAGGAGCCCACCUGGAACUUCUGGAAGUACCUCGUGGCUCCGGAUGGAAAGGUGGUAGGGGCUUGGGACCCAACUGUGUCUGUGGAGGAGGUCAGGCCCCAGAUCACAGCGCUUGUGAGGAAGCUCAUCCUGCAGAAACGAGAAGACCUAUAAGCACUGUUUCUCCUCUUCCUCCACCCCGUCCCACCCACCUGUGCACGGGUGACCAGCGCAAACGCAAAUGGUGCUGCAAAGGGAGAGACCCACGGACUCUCCUUUCUUCACUGAUACUCUACUGUCCCAUCAUUCCUGUGGGGGGAAAUUCUAGUAUUUUGAUUAUUUGAAUCUUAGCACAAUAAUGAGAGUCCUUGACCAGUGACUCACCAGCCAAUGAGAACUUCUAGUCAAUGGAAACAUGUGGCCAAUGGACCAUAUCAUGCAAUAAUCUCCCACCCAGUAAGACCUCUGUAAAAUGGGACCAAUUCCUACCUCACAGGGCUGUUGUGAGGAAUAGGAUGAAAUACCUAUGAAAGUGCCCAGGGCCGUGCUAGCCAAAUAGGAGGCAUUCAAUAAACAUUUUUGCAUAUAAACCAAAAAAUAACUUGUGAUCAAUAAAGACUUGCAUCCAACAUGAAUUUCCAGCCAAUGGGAACCCAGAACAAACAUUUGGUUGUUGUUGUUUCUUCUGUUUUUUUUUUAAAUUACAAAAGAAAUGCAAGUUCAUUGUCAAAAUUCAAAUAAUCCAGGACUAUAUAAAAUAAAAAUGGAAGCAUUCUCCUCA